AUUAUAUUCGUUCCUGAACAGUUGCUAUCUAUGGAAGCUCCAAAGAAAAAUUUCAUCUUGGGACAUCAAUCAAAAGGGACUGUUGCACAGGAAGAUGGUAGCCCUCCAUCAAAAAAAGUCAUGACAGAAAUCCAUGUAAAAGAUAAAAUACACACAAUGGUAAUAAAUAAGUUGCCAGUAAUUAAGAAGGAACAUUUGGAUGAAUGUGAAGAAAGUCUUAUGGAUGACAGAGAAGAAGAUGUCAAACCAAAUAUUGCUGCAGCAUCAGAGCCUUUGAACUUAAAUCCUGGUUUGAAACAUACAUUGGCACAAUUCCAUUUAAGCAGUCAGAGUUCACUUGGUGGACCAGCAGCAUUUUCUGCUCGCCAUUCACAAGAAAACAUGUCAUCUGUUUUUGUACCUCUUCCAUCACCUCAGAUUCUUCCUGGCCCAUUGCUUGUCCCAUCAGAUAGUUCUACAGAGUUGACUCAGACUUUACUGGAAGGGGAGUCUAUAUCUUGUUUUAAAGUUGGAGGAGAAAAGAGGCUUUGUUUGCCUCAAGUUUUGAAUUCUGUCCUCAGAGACUUUUCUCUACAGCAAAUUAACACAGUGUGCGAUGAACUUUACAUCUAUUGUUCUAGAUGCAGUUCUGAUCAGCUUCACAUCUUAAAAGUUUUGGGGAUUCUGCCCUUUAACGCUCCUUCUUGUGGACUUAUCACUUUGACCGAUGCUCAAAGAUUAUGCAAUGCAUUGUUGCGCCCUCGUACUUUUCCUCAAAAUGGCAGCCUGCUUCAUACUAAAAGUUCACUGCCCCAACUAAAGGAGACUGGAAGUGCCUUUGAAGUAGAACAUGAAUGCUUGGGCAAGUGUCAGGGUUUGUUUGCUCCACAGUUUUAUCUUCAGCCAGAUUCCCCAUGUAUCCAGUGUUCAGAAUGCUAUGGGAUGUUUUCACCCCAAACUUUUGUGAUGCAUUCCCAUCGAUCUCCAGACAAGAGGACUUGUCACUGGGGCUUUGAGUCAGCAAAGUGGCACUGUUACCUUCACAUUAACCAAAAAUAUUUAGGAACAUCUGAAGAAAGAAAUGUGAAGCAACUCUUAGAACAAAUGAAAGAAAAAUUUAGCACAAAGAAUAAAAAAAUACCCCAGUCUAAGGCAGAUUCCCAUUAUAAUGUAGAAUUUCAGCAGUGGUAUCCGGUUAUAAAGCAAGAAACAGAUUCUACAGAUCAACCACAUUCAUUUAUACACCCCAGCUAUUUCUUUUACAUGUGUGAUAAGGUGGUUGCUCCCAAUGUAUCUCUUAGUACUUCAAUGCCACAGUGUAAAGAAACCACAAAAACUGUUGAAAAAAUAUCAGAGGUAUAUAAAUCAUUUCCGGGGACGUCACUAAAACAGCAAAAUGGAGGCAAACACAAAAAAAGUGUGUUUUAUCAGGACAUCGCUCUUGAAGGACAGGAGAAGUUUGACUUAAAGCCCAGAUCUGGAAUUUGUGCUAGUAUAGAGCAACCCAUACCCAUUAAAUCUGCAAACAGAAGGAAAACGGAACAGGUCAGUUCCAGGGAGACUACAGAAGAUGAGAUGGAAAUAAAUAGUGAUGCACAAUCCUCAUCUCAGGCUCUUACCGAUGGUAUUGGAUCUGAUGAUGAUAAAGGGAAAAUGAUGGAAGAAGUAAUGAAAACAUAUAUUAAACAGCAAGAAAAGCUACAUACAAUUUUGCAAAAGAAGCAGCAUCUUCAAAUGUUAGCAGAGCUGAGGCAGAGGCUGGAUCAUGCAGAGGCCGAUAGACAGGAGCUCCAAGAUGAACUGAGACAGGAACGAGAAGCGAGACAGAAGUUAGAGAAGAUGAUCAAAGAAUUAAAACUUCAGAUUCAGAAAUCUUCAAAAAAUGGAAAAGGAAAAUAAAAUGCCAUCCAGAGCGCGUCUGCAUUUUCUCAGCAAGGCUAAAAAAAAAAAAUUGCCUGCCAAGGAGAGGUCAAGCCAUGGAAAAGUGAAGGUAUUGGGCACAAUUAUGGAAAACUUUUCCGGUGCAUCCCACCAUCAGUAGCAGAGGUGUUUGGGAACUCACAAUCAUUUCUAUGGUGAUCUGCACAAGAAAAGUUCUCAGUAGAUUAUGUCCAACAUGUGCGUAGAAAUCUACAAUGAUAUGUAUAUUUAUACAGCUUCCAGACUGACCAAAUCUGUAUUUGUGCUGCUUUUUUUUAUUGUUAUGAGCAACAUUGAAAUUUUGUUUUACAAUGGUCAGUAUGUAUCUGUUUAUUUUACAAACUGUCUCGAGGACUCUCACUGAAUGCAACAUUCUUGAUUCAAAGUACACAGUAACUACCUUUUUGCAUGCAAUUCAAGAAUCAAACUGAAAAAAAUAUAUAGUUUUAUUUUUGCUUUGCUCCAAUAUUUCAUUUGAUGAUGCUGUAUCAAUGAGAAAACUGUUAAUAUGAAAUCAUUAAACAGUGAAAACUUCUUUAAA